CCUUACUUGUUAUGAUUUGUUUUCUUCUGAUUUUUUGUUUUAUAUUUUUGUGUACAUUGAAACUGUCUUUAUUGGUCAUUUCUUUGUUCUCUUGUCAAAAAAUUUACAUGUGAAAGCAACAAAAUUUAUCGAGCAGAAUUGAAGGAAGAGAGUAUGCGGAUGUCUCAUUCAAGUGUUAUCAGACAACAUAAAACGAUGAGAAUGUGCAAACCGAAUUUUGAAUGUUGCUCAUUUGGACGACUAACAGAGCUGAAAAACUUCAACCGGCGAAUUCAUCAUAAUCGCUGCUAUUUAGCAGAAAUGAGUAAAAAACGACUUGAUCAUCUCCAAGGCACUUAAGCUGAGCCAUUCUAUACUCUCUAAACCUCUCAGAGACCGAAAAAUGGUAUUUUAACGAGAGCACAAGGAGAUAUAUUCUCUAAGCUGUACUGAGUACUUCAGUUCUAGAAAAGAGUUUUGGCUGCAGUAAAGCGCAUGGUUAAUGAACCGAAAUUACUCUCUUUGAUUGUUGAGAGAGCUCAUGAUCUCGUCGUUUAAUUUGGCAGCACAGAAUGUUCACGAGCUACUGGAGAGAUGACAGCAAAACCACGAAUUUACCGCUAAGAAUCCCAACGAAAUAUAGUAAAUUGCGCAAAUGAAUGUGUGCUGUGAAGUUAAAUUUUUUAGUGAAUUUUACGUACAUAUGUUUCGCUUAGCGUAUCAUACGUCAACGUAUUUGCAUAUUUUGGUUCGAAUUCUCGCAAAUGUUAAAUAAGCUUUGACUUCCGAAUAAAUUAUCAAAAAUUAUUUAUUUGUUAAAUACUAGAGGACCCGUCCAGGCUUUCCUGUGCGCUGAUACAUAGAUAGUACUACUUAUACCAUCUAUACGAUUUCUAUUAGUUAGAUUGUAACUAUUAGUUAAUGAGAAGUUGAAGCAACUUGUGUUGGCUUACAAAAAAAAUAAAAUGAAUCAGAAAGCAUUUCGUCUUAAUAAAGCAUUGCUUUUUUGGGAAAAAUACUGUUGACUUUGGGCUGAGCACCAGGAAAAUCAAACGAGUCCAAUCGAUAGUCAGAUAGUGGACUGCAUAUUAUGAACCGGUUUUCAGGCGUGGAAAGACAAGCCAUUUUUUGUUGUGAUAUUAAAUAUAUCUGACGGGUUCGUUCUAAAAAAAAAAUCUUGGUUCAGGAGGAACAAUCAAUAUAUCCCAAUUACUAAGCGUUCUCACGUAUUAGCUCUCCGUUGUUAUUAUUUUUACUUACGCAUUUCUUACGUUUUUUGAAUUACUAGGUAAUAUUUUCAAAUGGUUCUUUCAUGAAUUUUGAGUAAAUGCUUAUGAUUUGAAGUAUUAAUUUUGUAUUUAGGACUUGUAUUGAAGAAACAUUUGAGUUGGAGGAAGGUUCGAAUAUCGGAAGGUUGCAUUAAUCUAUAGACUAUAAGUUUACUUGUUCUACUUGAUAAUUUGAAAGCAAAAGUCGAGUUGAAUUUAAUUAUUUAAAACAUUUUAUUCCAUAUCGUUUUUUUCUUUUUAUUACAAAAGGAAAGCCCACUGACUAGCAAUGGCCACGAUUUUUACGCCAGGACCUGCUCUUCAGAGCAAUUCCAGUGAACAGAACCGUUUCAUGGAGAAAUUAAUGGCAAAAAUACUUAGCUUUUACGACGAACAGUCUCUAAUCGAUGUCACAUUUAAAGUUUCAAACCCAACGGCUGUUGUACCCGCACAUCGUUUGAUACUCGCAGCAGCGAGUCCCUACUUCGAGAACCUUUUCAAAGGCGAGCAAGGCAAUAAUCCCGUCAUCGAGAUAAAUGAUAUCGAUAGCGAUACAUUUGAGCGUCUAAUAACCUUUUGUUACACCGGGAAGGCCUUCAUUACCGUUAACAAUGUUGGUGCCAUGCUGAAGGCGGCACUCAUUUUGCAAUUAGACGAUGUCACAAGCAGUUGUGUGGAUUUCCUCAUAACAAAUAUCAAUGACUAUACAUUACAGGCUGCUUACACGCUCGAGCGAGAAACGCAGUGUGAACGGCUUAAGCAAAAACUCAUCGAAUAUGAAAUAAAGAACUUUAUGGAGAUCAGUCGAGGCGUUGAGUUUCUGAGUUUUGAUGUAGAAAAAUUGCAACGUAUUCUGGAAUCUGACAAUUUGCAUAUAACUCGUGAGGAAGAUGCCUAUGAUGCCAUAAAACGCUGGUUCAAUUACGAUGUUCCUGCACGUCAGGAGGCACUGCCACUUUUAAUGUCUUGUCUCCGGCUUACCCAAUUCGAUGUGGACUUUCUGUUGACACACAUUCAGCCGUUACCUGGUUGUGAGCUGCUGGUCUUCAAGGCGCUAACGUGGAUCGGAGAGUCUGCAGUACGAACAAAGCUAAAUAUGAGAUUUACAGAACCACGUGCUACGUGUGAGAAAACAUUCCUGGCGAUUUUCCGAGUAGGGUUUUAUCACAAGCUGCUGCAAUAUAACAAAGCUGAGGAUAAGUGGCGGGAAUAUGAAAAUUUGGAAAUCGAUUACUUUGAUUAUGGGACGAUUUUAAAGGAUGAAAAUAUAUUAUUUAUUGGUGGUUAUAAAAGUGGUGACGUAUCUAACAUCGUCCGCAGCUUGAAUAUACGAAAUAAGACAUGGCAAAAUUUGUGCGCCAUGAAGCAAGCAAGAUGUGGACAUAGUGUUGUCGAAAUAGAUGGUAAAAUCUUCGCGAUUGGUGGUUACGAGCGUGGUUUAGAGGGUGGAAAAGUUUUGCCGUCGGUGGAAAGAUAUACACCAUCCGAUGGUUGGGAGUCCGUGAGCAGUUUGAUUGUUGAAAGACAUAGCGCCGGAGCAGUGACUUUAAAUAACAAAAUUUAUAUAAUGGGCGGUACAAAUACUCCACUAAGAGCCUUAAAACUCGUCGAAUGCUACAACCCGGAUUCGAAUAUUUGGACUUCUUGCGCUGAUAUGAUGGAAUGUCGUGUUCUUCCUCAUGUAAAAGUACAUAAAGGUCAUAUUUAUGUUUUAGACACGUAUUCUGCUAACCGUAGACAAAGUGUUGAACGUUAUGAUCCUGAGCGAAACACCUGGUCUAAGAUUUGUUGUUUGAAUUCUGACUGGGCUCGAAUUGCAGGCAUGUCGUUAGACAAUAAGCUAUGGCUUUUUGGUCGCCUUGAAUCUGAUAACGUACCAAGUGUAUCAGUCUAUGACGAGCAUAAUGACCGUUGGGUAGAAAAGUGUUCAUUACACAAUGUAGAUGGAUUAUUCCGUUGUAUUGUGCCUGUAGCCUUAGUGUCAAUGAAAUGAAUAAAUAAUAUUAUUAU